AAAAUAUAUUUUUGACAACAGACUUGUAUAUUUUUUUUAAGAUUUACUUGUAUUGAGUAAAUUGAACGAGAUGUUCGUAAAUAUCGGUAAAUAUCCGUAAAUAUUCGCAAUAUCUGUAAAUUAUUCGGAUAUCUUUAUUUUUCCAAAGCAAAACAAAUUCAAAAAUUAGAUGUUCGUAAAAUAAGAAGCAAAUCACAGAUAUUUGAAAAUUAUGGUACUAUCCAUUAUACUAACUAAGUUUUCUGAGAAGUUGCACGAAGAUGUAAUUAAUAUCCUCACUGCCCUCGCAUGAGGGCUGCACGCCAAUACAAUUCCAUAGCACCAAACAAAAUUUGACUUCAAGAAUAUAUCCUCACCACCCUAGCACGUAUGAAGUUGAAAGUUUCAAGAAUCCUUCGAGAGGAAAAUUCAAGAUAAUAGACUCGUUAUUUAAUAAUCCAAUUCAUUAUUAUACUCUUGUACGUUUUGAACUAUGCAUUUAGUUUAAAACACAUCAUUAACAAGUUGAAAAGAUAUACAUACAUCGAUGGUCUUCUGUAUUUCACAUGGUAGCAUACACGUGACGGGAAAUUUCCUGGACCCUAAUGCCCAAAUAUUGAUAUUAUAACAAACUAACUUAUAAAGAAACUCCAUCGAAUGUAUCCAUGAUUCCAUUGGUAACUCCGGUUUAAUUACUUUUAAAGGCCAAACAAGUGCUUUAUUAGUUAAAAAGGAUUAGUUUUGUCUUAACGAUAAACUGAUUAUUUAAAAGAAAGUCAAAGCUAGCUUUAGAUGCGUACGAGAGUGAAUAAUACAAAUAGUAAACGAAGUUCUGAUCAGACAAUGGAAUUUGACUUUAGCACUUCAAACUUUUAGAACAAAUACAGAGGUCUGAAUUUCAUCUCUAUUAAUGGGCAUGGAUCUUUCUCUCAAGCUCGAGAAAGAGAAAGAUGAAGAAAGAUCAACACACAUCUGUGAGAGGAAAGAAUUAGAAGAAAAAGAAGAUGCUAGUGAAGAUAAAGAUGAAAAAAUGGUGAAAGAAGACGAAAUUGAAGAUUCUUGUUUAAGUUCAAGAACCCGACAAGAAGAAAAAGAACGUGAGGAGGUACUUAUGAUACGUCUAAAUAUACAUCAGAACAUUUUGUGUGAUAAUAUGUUAACAUCCAUGGAUGGAGAUCAGCUCUUGCAAAUGCAGAUCGAAAUGGAACAUGUGAAAGAAGAGAAUACGAGGUUGAGGAAGCUUGUAGAGCAAACCCUUCAAGAUUAUCGCCAGCUCGAGAUGAAAUUCCCGGUAAUCGAUCAAACCAACAACAUGUAUCUUGAAACGUUCCUUGGAGCACAAGCCAAAGAUCGGAAAAGAGGAGUGGAAAGAUAUGAUUCCCUGAAUUUGGUAGAGGGAGAAUUAGGGCUUUCUCUUUCUUUGCAGAAAAAGCAGAAACAAGACGAGAACAAAGAACUUGAGUCUAAUAACACGCAAAGAUACAAUAGUAGCAACAAAGCCCAGGGACAAGAUAUGAACACGCAACGUGUCAUAAUGUCUUCUCCGGGUAAUAGAAAGACCAGGGUAUCUGUGAGAGCCAGAUGUGACACUCCAACGAUGAAUGAUGGAUGCCAAUGGAGAAAGUACGGUCAAAAAACCGCGAAAGGGAAUCCAUGUCCAAGAGCUUAUUACCGAUGCACCGUGGCUCCAGGAUGCCCCGUUAGGAAACAGGUGCAAAGGUGUUUAGAAGACAUGUCGAUAUUGAUAACAACAUACGAAGGGACACAUAACCAUCCACUUCCUGUCGGAGCAACAGCCAUGGCUUCCACUGCCUCCGCUUCUCCAUUCUUGCUACUGGAUUCUAGCGACAACCUCUCUCAUCCUUCCUACUUGCAACAAAAUGGCAGCAACAAACAAUCAGUAAGAAGCUUGAUCAACUUUGAUGAUUCAUCAUUUAGAGGAGGUGACCAUGUUUCUUCUUCCCAAAACCGACUAAACUGGAUGAUGUAGAUUCUUAACAUCUAUCAUCACUUUCUUUUGGUCCCAUUAAUAUAAGUGAAGUCACCGUCAUGUAUUCUUGUAUUUUCUUGGGUCUUAUUUUUUAAACAAUUAUGUCUCGUAUAUACAAA